UGAAUCAUAGUAAAAAGGGAAAAGAAAUAGACAAGAAAUUUCAUAUUGUAAUAUAAUUUUCUGAGACAGAAAAUUCAGAAGUGGGAGAGAGAGAGAGGCAGAAAACCUGAGUGUGACUAUUUCAGCAAUCCCUAAAACAAAUAAAAAGAAAAAGAAAAGUUAAGAAAUAACGUGUUUGAAGGAUUAUGCAAAACACAGCUUAAGCAUAAGCAGUAGUCAAUAAUUUCAAAGCCUUUGGUUAACAAAUUAAAAUACAAGGUACUUUCUCUCUACCAUCUGGUCCAAUUAGAAUUCUUUUCCCUUGAACAUCCAGCAAUUUGGACUCAUUUAAGUUCCCCUAUAUAAAUGCCCACCUCCCCAGUAUUUAUCAGACAACCCUCCCAUCGCUCUACCACGUACCCCAUUAUUAUUCUUGUACAAUCAAUUUUAAUUUUAAUUCUUUCUUUUUUGUUUUUUUUUUGUUUCUCUUUUCCUCUUUUAACGAAGAUUUUUUUACUUCUCCAAGAAGCCAUGCAGAGAUUCCCUUCAACAGCUAAAAACCUGUCUCGUAAAAUCUUGCACUACCAUCACCUCAUUAACACCCCCAAACCAGCAGUUAAACCAGCCUGUGACAUUUUCAUUAAUCACAGAGGUAUCGAUACGAAAAGAACCAUUUCAGGGUUGCUUUAUAACCAUCUCUCCAGACUCGGCUAUAACCCUUUCUUAGAUAGCAAGAACAUGAAACCCGGCGAUAGACUGUUCGACAAGAUUAAUUCAGCUAUAAAGAAUUGUAAAUUAGGUGUUGCUGUUUUCUCUCCGCGUUAUUGCGAGUCUUAUUUUUGCCUGCACGAGUUGGCUCUGAUCAUGGAGACCAAGGAAAGGGUUAUUCCCAUUUUCUGUGACGUGAAGCCAUCUCAGCUUCAGGUUCCGGACAAUGGAAGCCGCCCGAUACAGGAGCUGCGAAGAUUUGAAGAUGCUCUUGAACAGGCAAAGUACACGGUUGGGCUUACAUUUGACUCGCAUGAAGGGGACUGGUCGGAAUUCUUGAUCAUGGCGACUGACGCAAUUGUAAAGAACCUGAUUGAGUUGGAGGAGGGAGGAUCCUCAUUCAAGCAUCCAAAAAAUUUUGUGCAUAAAUAUUGCUAAAUAGAAAAGAUAACUAUAAUAAGAUUCUCUACUAAGAA